GGUAAUGGAGUAUUGUAGGGUUUCCCGCCAAAAAGUUGGAGCUUUCACUGCAACCACCCUUCCAUCUCGCCUUUCCCUCUUUUAUUGAUGAUAUACACUGAAAGACAAGAUAAACCCUAACCCAUCUUCAUCUAUUUCAAAGAUUCUCAAGACUCUAGUUACUACUCGAACCAAAAAAUAUGAAAGGGGGAACCCUUCAGAUCAAUUGGCACGACACAAAACCUGUUCUAACCCUCGAUUUUCAUCCCAUUUCCGGCAUUCUCGCCACUGCUGGUGCCGAUUACGACAUCAAGCUGUGGCUAAUAGCUUCUGAAGCAGGGGAAAAGAAAGUUCCUACAGCUACUUACCAUAAUAGUCUUUCUUACCAUGGAUCGGCUGUCAAUACUAUCCGGUUCUCUCCUUCUGGAGAGCUGCUUGCUUCUGGUGCCGAUGGCGGUGAGCUGAUAAUAUGGAAGCUGCACAAUAGUGAUUCUGGUCAAGUGUGGAAGGUCCUCAAGACAUUGUCGUUUCACCGGAAGGAUGUGUUGGACUUGGAGUGGUCUACUGAUGGUGCAUUUCUCAUUUCUGGAUCAGUUGAUAACUCAUGCAUCAUAUGGGAUGUUAAUAAAGGKUCUGUCCAUCAGAUUUUAGAUGGUCAUUUUCAUUAUGUUCAAGGUGUAGCAUGGGAUCCCUUAAACAAGUAUGCUGCUUCACUUAGUUCAGAUAGAACAUGCCGCAUAUAUGUCAAGAAACCACAAAAUAAAACAAAAGGAAGCGAGAAGCUAAAUUAUGUUUGUCAGCAUGUUCUCGCGAAAGUGGAACCACAAGUGGUAGAAGAAUCUAAGUCUGCCAAACACCAUCUUUUCCAUGAUGAGACGCUGCCAUCCUUCUUUAGAAGAUUAGCCUGGUCACCUGAUGGUUCUUUUCUUCUUGUGCCUGCUGGUUCUUAUAAACUCUCACCCACUUCAGAACCUGUUAACACUGCCUAUGUUCUUUCCAGAAAGGAUCUUUCAAGGCCCGCUUUAAUGCUCCCCGGUGCCAACAAAGCGGUUGUAGCAGUGCGUUUCUGCCCUUUGGCCUUCAGCCUUCGUGGGUUGACCUCAUCUUCAUCUUUCAAGCUCCCAUAUCGCUUGAUCUUUGCAGUUGCCACACUAAACUCCUUAUAUGUAUACGACACCGAAGGCGUUGAGCCAAUAGCAGUUUUAGCCGGACUUCACUAUGCAGCCAUAACCGACGUUGCAUGGUCACCCACAGCCAAGUUUUUGGCACUUUCUUCCCAAGAUGGUUAUUGUACACUCGUAGAAUUUGAGAACGAUGAGUUGGGAUUGCCCGUCUCUUUAUCAGAUAAACUAGUUGUAGCUGAUCAGAAUACAAUCGUUGUUCAUGAUGUGGAAAAACCUGAAGAAAUGAUAAAAGAGAAGGAAAUUGUUAAUGCAGAUACUCGGGAGAAAAAGGAAGUGAAUCCAACAGGGAAACAAACGUCACCGAGCACGACACUUCCAAGUAAACCAGCCAAGCGGCGCAUUACCCCAAUGGCCAUCGGUUAAGGAGGUGUUUGGUCGGUUAAUAUAACAUUCCUCGUAAAUUGAGGGAGUGACCGUUGUUUCCAUUUUCGUUCUGAAACGAGUCAAGCGUCCCCUAAGUUUUUGUAUCUUUUGAUAUGAGAUUGAAGAGUUUAUUGUAGCUUUUUUUCGAUAUAAUUACUUGUAUGAUAUG